CAAUAGAUGUCUUUCAGAUAACGGAGCAGUAAUUCAAACGCAAUUAUAUAAACAAGAAGAUCAGAGAGGAAUUAUCCCAAAGGGUAUAAAAUGAACCAAGAGGUUUUGGUCUGAGUCACUACAGCAUCAGCUCACCCAUGCAAAGUAAGCAUGACUGCUAUCUUCCUGAUAUCCAUGCUUUUCGGCCUUGUGUGUGGGCAAGCAAUGUCUUUUUGUAUUCCAACUGAGUAUAUGAUGCACGUUGACAGGAAAGAGUGUGAUUAUUGCCUAACCAUCAACACCACCAUCUGUGCCGGAUAUUGUAUGACACGGGAUAUCAAUGGCAAGCAGUUUCUUCCCAAAUAUGCUCUGUCCCAGGAUGUGUGUAUAUACAGAGACUUCAUCUACAAGACCGUAGAGAUCCCCGGAUGCCCACGCCAUGUUAGUCCUUACUUCUCCUUCCCCAUAGCUGUGAGCUGUAAGUGUGGCAAGUGCAAUACUGACUAUAGUGACUGUGUACAUGAGAUCGGCAAGACAAACUACUGUACCAAGCCUCAGCAGUCCAAUGUGCUGGGACUUUCUAUCUGACUUCAAUAGUCUGUAACUUGAAGUGCAGUUAACUGUGUUUGCCUGGAAUAAAGCUAAUAACAUAUCA